AUGGGCAACGAUAGGCGACAUAAAGGUCACAUACUAGUUUCUCUUUCUAUAUGCUGUGCCAUGGGCAAUGAUAGGUUUCCUAAUGGUCCCAUAUCAGUCUCUCUAUGUUCUGUGCCAUGGGCAAUGAUGGGUCCACCUAAAGGUCCCAUACUUGUCUAUUUCUCUGUAUGCUGUGCCAUGGGCAAUGGGGGGGGGCUACCUAAAGGUCCCAUACUAGUCUAUCUUUCUGUAUGCUGUGUCACAGGCAAUGACAGGCUACCUAAAGGUCCCAUAUUAGUCCACCUUUCUGUAUGCUGUGCCACAGGCAAUGACAGGCUACAUAACGUUCCCAUACUAGUCUAUCUUUCUGUAUGCUGUGCCACAGGAAAUGACAGGCUUCAUAUAGUUCCCAUACUAGUCUAUCUUUCUGUAUGCUGUGCCAUGGGCAAUGAUAGGCAACCUAAAGGUCUCUUACUGGUCUAUCUUUCUGUAUGCUGUGCCAUGGGAAAUGACGGGCUACCUAAAAAGGUCCCAUAUUUGUUUUUUUUUCUUUCUUACUUUCUGGAGCCAACAGAUCCUUUAUUUGUCAACAUAAGUAAAGCAUAUAUGACAGAGUAUCAGAGAGAGUUUGGUUUGGACCACAUAUACACUGCAGAUAGCUUCCAUCAAAUGGUUCCAUCUUCUGGGGACACUCAUUAUAUAUCUCGACUUGGGAGUGGGAUUUACAGUGGCAUGUUGGCAGCAGAUCCACAAGCUAUUUGGCUCCUGUCUGGCUUUACUUUCUAUAGUACUCCCAGGUUCUGGUAUGAGGAUCAAGUCAAGGCCCUGGUCACAUCUGUACCUCCAGGUCACAUGAUUGUGCUUGAUAUGUAUGCAGAACUAAAUCCGUUGUUUCAACGCUAUGAGUCCUUUUAUGGCCAACCGUUUAUCUGGGUUGCGCUACAGAACUUUGCAGGUGUAACACAGAUGUAUGGAUCCCUGGGCCAGCUUAAUGGCGGCACAUUCCAUGCUAGGGGGUGGUCAGGUAGCACUAUGAUAGGCAUGGGGAUGGCGCCAGAGGGAAUCCGAGUCAAUGACGUAAUCUUUGAAUUCUAUGUGGAGAAUUUAUUCGCUCCCUAUGAUAGGCCUAUUCAGUAUUGGGUGCAAGAUUACCUUGGGCGUCGCUAUGGUCCAUUAUGUGACUAUAUGGUCAGAGUUUCACAGAGAUUGUCUAGAAGUGUAUUCAACACAACCAAUAAUGCCACUGUUGACCUGACGACUGGCUCUAUUGUAAGCUCUAGACCACAACUAAACCCUCCACUGUUGCCAAAACUAUGGUAUGACCCUCAAGAUUUAUUCUAUGCUUGGGACUGUAUGGUGAAUGCCUCCAGCGUAUAUUACAACAUGGAUCUUUACGCUCACGAUACUGUUACAAUUACCCAGCAGGCAAUGACUUUAAUCUCAAUCAAACUUUACGAUGAUGUCAUUAACGCAUAUUUAAAAAAGGAUCUAAAACGCUUACUUUCAACUAGUGAAGAUUUUCUAGACUUUUUUGAUGAUCUCGAUACAUUAUUGCGGACUGAUCGCCAUUAUUUACUAGGAACGUGGUUGGAUGGGGCACGUGCAUUAGGACUCACUCUUCAGGAGAGAAGCCACUAUGAAUACAACGCACGGAUGUUGAUUACACUCUGGGGACCGAAUGGAGAGAGAGCAGAUCGUUCAAGUAGACAUUGGUCAGGGCUGGUGAAGGCAUAUUACAGGGAGCGCUGGCAGCUGUUCACCCUCAAGCUGACGGAGGCUAUCGAGUCUGGUGGAUCGUUUGACCAGUCAAAGUUUGAUCAAGAAGUUUAUACAAGGAUUGAGUAUCCAUUCACUCUAGAUACCACAAUAUUUCCAAAUACAACUUUAGGGAACCAACUUGACAUGUCCAGGUCAAUGCGUGAGAAAUAUUUCCCACUCACGAAAUCAAUGUUCUUUACAAGACUUUGGAAUGUCAAUAGAAAGAGGAUACAAGCUGGUGGAUAGAAACACAGACUCGGUCAGAUUUCUUAUAUGGAACUUCAUCCAUUUAUUGAAAGUAUUUAUUUCUUGUAAUAAGGCCCAUGUUUUACUUGACAUAUGGGUCUUUGAUUGAAAGUAUGUCAAGAGCACAUUGGCUUUGAUAAGAUAAUUCAUUACAUUUUGAAAGGAAACAGGGGCUUAUUGGGAGAAAUACCAUAUUUUAUUCAAUGCUUGGAGUCAAAAUACAGAAAAUAGUGUACCUGAGAGUCAGUAUUUCUCAAGGUCCAAGCCUAGUUAGAUUCCUCUUUUCAAGGGCACAAUAUCUUCUUGAUUUUUUCCAGAUUUUCUUGAAAAAUCAAUCAAUGAUAUCUAGGUGUGUAUGAUUGUUUUUCAAAAGAGAUGAGGAUAUAAACAUCAAGGCACGUGAUACAGUCAGAGUGAUGUCAGAGUUUAAUGCAGAUUCUGUAUUUACAUCACAUUGAUCAAUCAGAUUUUUACAAAUUAUGCUAUUGUCAUUAGAAACCUACAUGAAAUGCAAUAACAAUUUUCAUUGUGUUUGUAAAUCAACAGGGUGUUUCAAAGGUAAACAGGACAUUAUUUUUGAAAUUUUUGAACACCUUGUAUGAAUUUGUGACUACUGUAUUAAUUGGUUAUAGCCACGGGUGACAUCUAUGAUGAUACCUAUACAAAUAUUUCAUUCUAUUGAUAUGAGGGGAAUAUCUGUACAUUAUUCACAAGCAAUUUUCUCAAAUAUCCAAGAGGUGAAUGGAAUAUUACUUUUGAAAGUAAAACACAGUAUUUCCCAUACUUUGAAAAGAAUGAAAUAUUUGUUUUAUUAUUCAAUGUUAUAUUUUCCAUUCUGUUUCCUCAUAAAUCCUAAAUGAUAUCACGUCAUGCA